UAGUUGGCGGCGAUGUCGUUCAGUUACCAGUAUGAAAAACCUUGUUACUCCGUUGGCCAUGUCGGUUCUUGUGAUGGGAAUCGCAGCAGCAGAUGAACUCUGCGAUGACGAUCUCUAUAUGCAAAUCAACGGGCCUGUGACCGUAAAUCUGAGUUUGGAAUGUAACACUACUCAUUUUCGGAGAACUGGGCUUGUUGAUACCGAAGGACAAUUGUCGCAGUCAUUCAGAUACUACUUUGGGGUUAGAUGUUUUGAUGCCAAUAACUCAGAGACUGAGAUGUUUGCUCUUGAGGAUGGAGUUAAUUUCCCCGAAGAACAUGACUUAACUACAAUAGGAACAUUAAUACUUCAAUAUGGAUGGAAAUGUGUUCUCUUUGGAUGUUAUGACUUUUUUGGAUCACCACCCAAUCGCUACACAGUGAAGCCGGCUUUUUGUACUGUUGAUGAAGAUGAGUGCUCUACUGGUUCUCACUAUUGCAGUGAAGGAGCUGUCUGUAUAAACACCAUUGGUAGCUAUCGCUGCACUUGUCCUGUUGGCUAUGAGGAUGAUGGAUUCAAUUGCACUGAUGUAAAUGAGUGUCAGCAAGGCGACAAUAAUUGCAGUGAGUAUGCAAGGUGUGAGAACAUUCCUGGAGGCUACAAAUGCCAGUGUAGAGAUGCCUAUGAAGGUGAUGGAUACAACUGCAGUGAUGUGGAUGAGUGUUCUAGGAGCCCUGAUAUUUGCGGACCAAACUCCACAUGCUAUAAUAUGGCGGGAGGCUAUGUUUGUUCAUGUGGUGAAGGAUACUCUUAUUUGCACAAUCAGUGCAUAGAUAUCGAUGAGUGUGAAGGUGAUAGCCAUGAAUGCAGUGAGAAUGGUGUGUGUAUGAAUGUUCUUGGAGGAUACACUUGUUCCUGUGCAGCAGGGUACAUAGGAGAUGGAUUCAACUGCACGAUAAAUCUGGUGGUAGUACUAAUAUUCUCUGUGGGAUUUGUGGGUCUGGCUGUACUGCUAAUUACUGCUCUCAUCUAUCGUAUCUGUGGCUCAAGGGGAAUGCAGUGGUGGCAGUAUGCUUACAAGUGGAAUGGGAGACAGAGGACGUAA